GGUGUGUUACAAUUUGACGCCCCAAGCGGUAACAGAUUGAUUCAAUUCUUUCUCGUAACGUCUCCGGUAUAUAUUGAGGUAUACACCAUUGCUAAGUCAUCAGUUUCACUGCGGAAGUCUUAGAAGAAAGAGCAACAUGCUAGCUAAAAUCAUUAUUUGUGCGGUUACUCUGGCGGCCUGCUAUGGUCAAGAAUACGCUUACAAAUAUAGGCCUGUGCAACGUGAACAAAUCAAGGAAUAUAAAUUCCCAAGUGUACAAAGUGCCUACAACCUUCGGAACUUGGAGCCGGCGCCUAUACAUGAGCAGCAAUCGUCUGAGGAGCUAGUAUCUGCGCCUGUGUCUGUUAAUAAGCAACCUGCGAUAUCAACACAGAGCAUUCAACACUAUCAACUGGUUCACGAGGAAACACAGUCACAAGAAAGUAAUGGAAACUACGAGCAACCUGCUUACAAGCAUUAUUAUCCUCAACAGGAGCAAAAUAUAAAGUUCCAAUUACCAAAACAUGGGAGUGAGAACAUUCAAACGCUGCAUUAUCCUUCAGUCUCUCACGAGACCCCUUCGAUCAGAGUUCCCUCACACGAUGAGGCUCAAUACAUCCGCGUUCCAGCUCAUCGCUACCAGUAUCAGGAAUCCGAACACAAGGCACCAGUUCACAAUGAAGUCGAUUCCCAUGCUCACGAUGAGCCUGUCGACUAUUACGCAUAUCCUAAAUACCAGUAUGAAUACAAAGUGGAGGACCCUCACACCGGAGACAAUAAGUACCAGCAUGAGGUUCGUGAUGGAGACAGUGUAAAGGGAGUGUACUCCCUACAUGAGGCAGAUGGCUCCGUUAGAACUGUGGAAUAUAUUUCGGAUAAACACCAUGGAUUCAACGCCAUCGUCAAGCAUUCAGCGCCUGGUCAACACGUACACAUAGAAAGCCACCAUGAAAACUGAUUCUAUUUUUUUAUAAUCUAUUACUUAGUUAAGACUGAUUGCCUUUAAAUUAUUAUUAUUGUUGUUGCCCUAAUUAUUGUCUGUUGCUAUAUGUGUAAAUAAAUAUUAUGCUUAUUCAAUGUUA